CAGGAAGUGUGGCCUAGGCCUAACAAAAUCUCAGGCUAAUAAUAAACGCCCUGAGUAAUGAGUGGCGUGAGCCAGGGCAAGCAGGAGGCUGGAGCUGUUGGCACAGGAGCGUGGAUUGGUGGCCAGACAUAGCUAUGGCAUUCUGCCCCAAAGAUCAGUAUUGGGACUCCUCGAGGAAAACCUGUGUCUCCUGUGCACUGACCUGCAGCCAGAGGAGCCAGCGCACCUGUUCAGACUUCUGCAAAUUCAUCAGUUGUCGAAAAGAGCAAGGCAAGUAUUACGACCAUCUCCUGGGGGCCUGUGUCAGCUGUGACUCCACCUGCACACAGCAUCCCCAGCAGUGCGCACACUUCUGUGAGAAGAGGUCCAGCAGCCAGGGGAACCUCCAGCCUGAGCUCAGGAGACCACAGACCGGGGAGGUGGAAGCCAGGCCAGACAACUCAGGAAGGCACCAGGGAUCAGAGCACGGUCCAGGAUUGAAGCUAAACAGCGACCAGCUGACUCUCUACUGCACACUGGGAGUCUGCCUCUGCGCCAUCUUCUGCUGUUUCUUGGUGGCCUUGGCCUCCUUCCUCAGGCGUAGAAGAGAGUCACUUCCCAGCCAGCCUGCCGGGCCACGUGGGUCACAAGCAAACUCUUCCCACGUCCACCGCCCCGUGACAGAAGCUCGCAACGAGGUGGCCGCAUCACCCCAGCCUGUGGAAACGUGUAGCUUCUGCUUCCCCGAGCGCAGUUCGCCCACUCAGGAGAGCGCGCCACGCUCGCUCGGGAUACACGGCUUCGCGGGCACUGCCGCCCCGCAGCCCUGCAUGCGUGCAUCAGUCAGCGGCCUGGGUGUGGUGCGCGCACCCAUCGGGGACGCGCGUCCCGGAGCUUGACAGCCAGAACAAUAAAAAGACAAUUUAGAGGAUGAAGUGACAGAGGGGGAAAGGGAUGGAUGAAGAGACAGAUGAAGACACGAGAAAGGAAGCCCGGCUGCACCCACGCAGAGCAAUAAAGCAACCACUUGAGCAGCGCCCACGUCCUCAGCACCGCCUGUGUCUGCUGCUGUGCCCUAUACUUUCCAGAGUAGUCAACCUGUGCCUUUUCUCUUUAGUCGAGAAAGAUGGAGAAUGGCAGGCACCUAGAGCAUUACGCUUACAAUUCUUACAAACAAGCGGUCUUUCCUAGGGCCUUAGGCAGAUAGCUGAGUGCAGUGAGGAUGUAUUUGUGAUUUAAGUACUUUGCAUGUGUAUGUGCAGAUGCUAGGUGUUAUGUGUCUGUAUGAGUUGUGUGUAUAUGUGCACCUAUAAAUGUGUGUGAAUUCUAUGCACGAAGAUGUGUGUGUACACGUGUCUGGCUAAUGUGGUAUAGCCAGGAAGAUGAGAUUCCCCUCUAGGUGAAGGCCAAACAUUGGGAAAAAAAAACAAAAACAAAAACAAAAAAAGCAAAAACCCCUGAUAGGUGUUACCCUGACCUCAGCAAGAGUAUGUUCAGUUGCAGUUGCAUCCACUUUUUAUGAGCACCUAUGCUUAUCUUUUUAGUCACAUUGAAACCUCCAGGUGCAUGAAAACACCCUCAGAAGCAUCUCCCAGCAGGCUGAGGGGUGAGACUGUACACUUCAUCCUUAUUACCCAGGCAGGUUUUCGCACCCCAAAGGCCACACAACAGGCCCCUGUUCUCACCAUUCAUAGCUAGCAGGCUGCAUAGGGAGAAGACUGCACAGAAUAACUCUGAUAACAGCCCUAAUAACACAAAGUGGCUGUCCAUGGAGUUUGGAAGUCUGCAGUCAAGGUGUCUGCAGAACUGGCUCUUCCUGAGGCCACACAUGCAAGAUCUAUCCUUGGAUUCUCCUUAACCCACUGGUAGUCCCUCUCCCUGUCCCUCUCAACUCUUCUCUGGGAUCAUUCUUCCUCUUAUAUUUCAUGUUAUGAUCUGCCUAAUAGCUUCAUUUUGAUUUCUCUGUAAAGAGUCUAUCUCUGUAUAAGGCCACAUUCGAAGCACUAAGGGCUAGGGAUUUCAGUAUAAGUUUGGUGGUAUAGCCAGGAAGAUGAGUUUAACCCACAGUGGAGGCCUUCUGAGACCAUCACUGUUUUAUCUUUGUUGAAAAGCUGCCACCUAACAAGUUCUUGUCCAGGAUGUGUUGAGCCAGCCUACAUUGUUCCCAUGAUCAACUUCCGACAACAGGACUGAUAGAAAGACCCUGGCUCCUGCUAUAGACUCGUGCUGCUUGUGGGCUGAGGAAUAUCUCCAGUGCAUGUACAGGCUCCGGCGCUCAGCCUGUCUGGGAGAUGAACCUACUUCUAGUCUUUAAGAACUGUGGUUUUAAAAUUCUGCUCAUUAGAAUCCAAGGGGCUAAAAAUGCAAGAUGUUUCUGGGACCAGGGUAGAGGAGAACAGAGGCACCAAGAACAUAGGGCGCAGAGUCCAGCCUCGGCUUCAAAGAAUCAUGAGAAUUUUUGGUCAGCUUUUCAAUGGGUUAUUUGUGUACAUUUUGUCUCUUGCUUUGUUUGUAAAGAAUAGGCUCUUUUGCCAAUUUAUCUGUUGUGUUGGGUCAGCCUGUAGAAUAUAGCCUGACUCCAUUUGCAGUGUCCCCUUAAGUGGUUUUUAUUAGUGUAUAUUAGUUGAAUAAAACUGUUUUUGCUGCAGCUUUUA